AUGGAAUUCAAAUUCAUACCGGAGAUCAUCACGCCUUGUGUUAAUAACUGCAGCGAUACUGGAAAUCUGGCGAUGAAUAAUAUGUGCCAGAAAUUCUUCAAUGCCACAUCAUCUGCCUCCACAUUGUUGCCAUUUUCAUCAACAUCUUUGUUCGUAACCUCCUCCGCAGUAGAAGCUAAUACAUUCGGAGAGAAAUCUCCUAGAUCUAGCUCAUCUAAGAGGCUGUCACCGGAGAGGAUGACGAAUCUAGUGGAAAUAAGAGGAGAUCUAAAGAACGAAAUUAAGGAGACUUUAUCUGCUCAAGCUACAGCUCCGACAAUGGUAGUUGUGGUUAGGAGGGAGGGAGAGAAAGAGAGAAAAUAA